CACUCACCCCAUAAACAUACCCCUAACUAUCUCUCUCUACAACAAACAAACAAACCAAAUGGGAAACUAUGUUUCAGCUUGUAGCAAUAUUGGGAUCACUCCUAAAAUGAGAUCAAACAAAGCAGCAAGAGUUAUUCUCCCAACCGGCGAAAUUCGGCAGUUUCAAGACUCCGUUAAGGCGGCCGAGAUCAUGCUAGAGUGCCCGAACUUCUUCGUUGUGAACUCGAGGUCGUUAAACAUCAACAGGCGGUUUUCUCCCCUCUCCGCGGAUGAAGAUUUGGAGCCGGGAAGUGUUUACAUUAUGUUUCCGAUGAGACGAGUGAAUUCAAUGGUUACGCCGGGUGAUAUGGCGGUUUUUUGGUUGUCGGCUAAUAGUGCGCCGAAGCGGAUUUCCGGGAGGAUAUCGCCCGAGUCGGCAUUGGGUGGUGAGGAGAUGGUGGUGACGCGGAAUGAGGUUGAGCAGCCGCGGUUGGUGGUGGAUGCGCCGGAGUUUGCUCACCGGUUAAUGGUGUCCAGAUCAAAAAAGCCUGUUCUGGACACCAUUAACGAAGAGCCGAUGCGGCGACUCAUCAAAGGGUAGAAUAGUCAUUUUGUAGAUAGACUCACAUUUUAGAAGCGUCGAUUUAUGAAUUAAUUAAAUAAAUAUUUUUAGCUAGGUAUAUUUAGUUAUUUAUACAAUAGUUGUUAUUGAUCGAGUAAAAUUAGUCCAGAUCAAGACGAAGUCAUUUCAGUGGGUGAAGAAUCGGUCGAGUAGAAUUGGUCUUUUGAUAUUGUUGAUGUAUCAACUUAGCGGUUUCGUUUUCCUGUUAAUGUUUGUUUCUACUCUUCUA